AUGGCGGCGUCGGCUCUAUCUCCUCCCGAAGUUCCAAUGGAGCUCCACGUCUCCAACCGCGAGAAGCUCCUCCAAUCCAUCCGGCAUCAUCUUGCCGAAACUUCUCGUCCCUUACAAGGCUUCGUCCUUCUUCAGGGAGGUGACGAGCAGACUCGCUACUGCACCGAUCAUUUGGAGCUCUUCAGACAGGAGAGUUAUUUCGCUUAUUUGUUUGGAGUUGUAGAGCCUGGAUUCUAUGGGGCAAUCGACAUUGCGACAGGGAAGUCGAUCCUCUUUGCUCCGAGGUUGCCUGCGGAGUAUGCUGUUUGGAUGGGGAAAAUAAAGUCAUUAUCUUACUAUCAGGAAAGGUACUUAGUUACCGAGGCCUACUAUACGGACGAAAUUGUAGAAGUUCUGCUCGACCAGAGCAAGGGCAUUGAGAAACCGUUGCUGUUUCUAUUACAUGGACUCAACACUGACAGCAACAAUUACUCAAAGCCGGCAGAUUUUAAGGGAAUGGAAACAUUUCAAACUGACGUGAACACGUUGCAUCCUAUUUUAACAGAAUGUCGUGUUAUCAAGUCAGACCUGGAGCUUGCUGUAAUUCAGUUUGCCAAUGACAUCAGCUCUGAGGCUCACGUCCAGGUCAUGAGAAACAUUAAACCUGGAAUGAAAGAGUAUCAGUUGGAAAGUACAUUUCAACACCACACCUACAUGUAUGGUGGUUGUCGGCAUUGCUCAUACACGUGCAUCUGUGCUACUGGUGAAAACAGUGCUGUUCUACACUACGGUCAUGCAGCAGCCCCAAAUGACAGGACCUUGCAAGAUGGGGAUAUGGCAUUGUUUGAUAUGGGAGCUGAAUACCAAUUCUAUGGUUCUGAUAUAACUUGUUCGUUUCCGGUGAAUGGCAAGUUUACAAGUGAUCAGUCUUUAAUUUACAAUGCUGUCCUUGAUGCACACGAUUCUGUCAUCUCUGCUAUGAAGCCAGGCGUCAGCUGGAUUGACAUGCACAAGUUGGCAGAGACAGUAGUCCUUGAUUCGCUGAGAAAGGGUGGCAUUAUUGUUGGUGAUGUAGCUGAUAUGAUGGCUGAGCGAUUUGGUGCAGUUUUCAUGCCUCAUGGUCUUGGGCAUUUCCUUGGAAUUGACACUCAUGAUCCGGGUGGCUACUUGAAGGGACUGAAGAAACCAACAGAACCUGGGUUACGCUCUUUACGUACCAUCAGAGAACUCACAGAAGGAAUGGUGAUCACAGUGGAGCCAGGAUGCUAUUUCAUUGAUGCUUUGUUGACCCCAGCAAUGGCAAAUCCAAAAACUUCCAAGUUCUUCAACGCUGAAGCCAUCGGGAGAUUCAAGGGCUUUGGUGGUGUCCGCAUCGAGAGUGAUUUGCACGUUACGGCAACUGGCUGUAAGAACAUGACUAAGUGUCCCCGAACCAUUGCGGAUAUUGAAGCAGUUAUGGCAGGAGCGCCAUGGCCGCCCAACGAAUAA